CACUCCCUCCGCUUCUUCUGUUCUACAGCCCCUCCUUGCGCUAUUCCGACUCGUUGAAGGAACAGAUUCUAUUCCAGUCGCAAAAUGGCCUCAAUUGCUUGCUCGCUGCGCGCUGUCCGGCCUGUGGCUAUGCGCUUUGCGCCGAGGGCUGCUCCGGUGGUGCGGAUGGCCUCUUGGAGGAGCUUCUCUAGCUCUCGCAUGAGCCUCGCCCGCAAGUACACCAAGGACCACGAAUGGAUCGACCUCUCGGCGGACCGCAAGACGGGCGUCAUUGGCAUCUCCGAGUACGCGGCCGAGCAGCUGGGCGACGUCGUCUACGUGGAGCUGCCCCCCGCGAGCGGCGAGUGGACGGAGCAGGGCGACUCCAUCGGCGCCGUCGAGUCGGUCAAGAGCGCGAGCGACAUCAACGCGCCCGUGCGGUGCAAGGUGACGCACACCAACGCGCUGCUGGAGGAGAAGCCGGCGACGAUCAACCAGGUGCCCGAGGACGACAGCGCGGGCGGCGGCUGGAUCGUCAAGGUCGAGGUUGAUGAGGAGGGCGCGAAGCAGUUUGAUGACUUGAUGGAUGCGGCUGCGUACAAGGAGUUUAUUGCUGAGUAAAUCUCCAUGGCAAUUUUGGCAAAUGGUCAAAGUAUGCGACGGGCGGCGGACGACCUGGGAGGUGAUGACGGGGGAGAGAAGAAGAGAGGAUUCGCGGUGAGCGGGUAAAAGAUUAGACGAAGUCUUAUGGUUUCAACGAUGGAUUUGAUAUGUGGGGAGGAGGUUGGAAUUGAUCAUGAAAACCGACAAGACAGGACAUUUUCCUUCUUCGUUGAGGGGCGCCUUGCAUGGCGUGGAAGCAGUUCAACCUGACACAGAGGACGAGUGCGAAAUGGAUCUCUUAUGGCCGCCGG